AUUCAUAAGCUCCAGUCCAGUCCAGUCAGUUAGCGAGUCGUUGUAGGGUGUUGUCGUUCGCGAGUUUAUACGUAGGCGGGAAAUCGAUCGAUACUGCGAUAUCUCGAAGCUGAAUGAAUAACAUGGUGUGCAUUGUUUCAAAAUAAAGCUAAAUCAACUGUAACGAUUACAAUGGCACCUUUAAUACUGUUUUGUUUAGCCGUGUUUGUAACUGUGAAUGCGGAAUUUACUUGGAGACAUCAUAAUAAUGAAGAGUUACCGCUAAUAUUGGAGGAAGUUCAUCAAAAAUGUCCAAACAUAUCGAGAGUUUACGCUCUUACCGAGCCGUCGGUACAGAAUGUACCUCUUUACGUGAUUGAAUUUUCGGAUAAGCCAGGAAUCCAUCAACCUUAUAAGCCUGAAGUGAAAUAUAUCGGCAAUAUCCACGGCAAUGAGGUGUUGGGUCGCGAGUUGCUGCUCGGCCUGGCCCAUUAUUUAUGCGAUCAGUACAUGAGCCACGACCGCCGCAUCCGAGCGCUGGUACACAACACGCGCAUCCACCUGAUGCCUUCCAUGAACCCUGACGGAUGGCAGCUGUCGACAGACACGGGCACCAAGGAUUAUCUGAUUGGUCGCUACAACAACCACAGUGUGGAUCUGAACCGGAACUUCCCUGAUCUGGACGCCAUCACAUUUGAGUUUGAGCGGCAGGGCAUCAACCACAAUAACCACUUACUCAGAGAUGUCACCCGCCUUGCUGCUCCUCUUGAGCCCGAGACGCGAGCGGUGAUGCGCUGGAUCAUGUCCAUACCGUUCGUGCUGAGCGCCGCCAUGCACGGUGGCGACCUGGUCGCUAACUACCCUUACGACGAGAGCCGGAGCGGCGCGCCCGUGUCCGAGUAUUCGGCCAGCCCCGACGAUGAUACCUUCAGGGAGCUGGCUCUGGCGUACGCGAUCAACCACGCCGAUAUGGCGUCCCCGCGCCGCUCCGGCUGCCACGCCACCAGCGCCGAUGACUCCGCCACAUACAACUUUGGCAAGCAGGGCGGCGUGACUAACGGGGCGGCGUGGUACAGCCUGAAGGGAGGCAUGCAGGACUUCAACUACUUGGCCACGAACACCUUCGAGGUGACCUUGGAGCUCGGAUGCGAGAAGUACCCCAGUGCGGACAAGCUGGAGGCUGAAUGGGAGAGGAACAGAGAAGCCAUGUUGGCUUAUCUGUGGAAGGCGCAUACGGGGGUUAAGGGCGUGGUGACUGACGACUCCGUUAUCCAGAACGCUAUCAUUUCUGUUGUGAACAUUACUGGACCGAUACCGAGGCCUAUCCGACAUGACGUUACCACUGGUGCUUUCGGAGACUACUAUCGUCUCCUAACGCCGGGACACUACGAGAUCACCGCGAGCCACCCCGGUUACUUCUCCGUGUCUCGAGUGGCCACAGUACCCCACAACCAGAACCAAGCGCACAUCCUCAACUUCAAACUAGAGCCCACAACCAGCUGGUUCGACGAUGAGAGCAUCGGGCCGUACCCGCGCGGGCUGCGCGAGGGCCAGCCGCGCAUCUACAAGCGCUCGCUCUACGAGAAAGUCGUCAACACCAUGCUCAAGACAGACAAGCAUUCAGCCAAGUAAACGAACAGACCUGCCCCUCUAGCACAACUUGCCUUGUCGCUCGCGAGUCCAUACUUGAAGUCGCGCUUGAUGUAUGGACUCGCGCGCGACAAGGCAAGUUGUGCUAAAGAGUCUGCUAGCAUGAGGCGCGAUUUCGCGCGCUACCCUGCAAGUAUGUACUGGCGCUCGAGAAUGCAACUAAUGAUACACAUUCGGGUAGCACGAUCGCGUUUGUAUCCGUCAUAACACUUGGAUCACCGGUAUAGGCUUAGCACAGAAGCACUGGUGUAGUACCUCUGUAUGAUUAUAAUCCAGUAAAAAUAAGAUGUACAGGCUUACAGGUUAAGUUGGCAGUGUGUGAAAUUCACACAUUGAAUGUGCACUGCAUUGUAUGUGCGAUUGCAACUAGUCUUUUAAUCGUUCUAUACAAAAACAGUAUCAAAAGUAGGUACUCGCCUUUUAAAGUCAGUGUUACUGCUAUAGUGACCUUGAGAUCGAUGAAUUUAUAUUCGAGGUAGGAUUUCAGUGCUUUUAGGAUAAAUGUGUGACGUUAUCUGGGUAAAGGGACUAUUGUCGAUGGCGCUUACAUCCCUCGGCGUCGUAUUUGUACGAACAUCGCCCUUAACGCCGUAAGCGCCAUCGACAAUAAGGUCCCUUUUCUCAGAUAACGUCACAUAUGUGCCCUAUUCAAGGGAGAUAUUUACUGCAGCGGCCGCAGCGGGACUGAAAAGUUCUGAAGAUGGCGAAAUGUAUUUGUAAAGAAUUCGUCAAUAGCUGAUGAAACAAGUGACGGGUAUAAAAGUGAUCGUGUUAUUCAGAAUCUCGCGACGCGACAAGGACAGUACAGGAGGCAACUUUCAAGGAAAGGGCAAUAAUAAUAUAUGGUUGGUAUUCUUAAUGCUGUUUCCUCUCGGUGGCAUUUAUGCACGAUCAUUCUUUUUACAAGUUUUAAUGUCAAGGCUAGAGCAGCCUAUAAUAUUUGCAUUGUUGUAGAAAAGUGAAAGUAACGUGCAAAAGUGAAAAAAAAAAUUUUGUUUGUUGAAGAUGACUGUGUUUGAGUAAUUAUUCAAUGCUUUCGUUCUGUAUUUGUCGCGACGUGUGUUUUGGAACUAUUGGAUAUCUGUAUUAGAAAAGUGAUUUGGCAAAUAUAAUCGAAUACGUUUUAAUAUUCUACACCAACAGCCAGAUAUGGACCAAUUUUACCCUCUUAUUGUCAAGUAUUGUAAUUGAUUUACAUUCCAUAAAAGUCAUGUUUUUUGUUAGAAGUUUUUGUUAGUAUUUUUUGGCAAUAUGAGGGUUAAAAUUACUUAGGUAUUAUUUUAAAGUUUAUAUCACAACAUUUAACCACACGAACAUAAGUAAGUGAAUAUUUUUAAAACAAUACCAGUUUUGGGCAGUUAGAGUAGGAUCUAAAGUGCCAUUUGUAAGCAGUAGAUCAUUUUGGUCAUAUUUUAGAGUAUUUAAUGCAAACCCUGGCAAUGUCACAAAGAUUUAGAGCCUACAUGGUUUUUAGAUGUUUAUUGUUGCAUGUUACCAGUAAUGAAUAUUUCUAGUCCUCAGUGAAGUACCUUCUCCUAUGUAUAAAGCUCCGUUAGGUUAGAGAGGGGUCUCACUGUUGCCAUGCAUUUGUUCGGCACAAGCGUCAACGCCAUGUCGUUUUACGUAAAUUUUAUAUUACGUGCCACAUUAUAAUGAGCAUAGACGCGAUGCUGUGCACCAGCGAGACCUGGUCCUUAGUGGAUGUAAGAGCCCUAUUGAGACUGCUGUUAUGCUAUUUGAUUAUUGUUGGUUUAAUAUUUUUAUAGAAAAAACACCUACAAGAACGGCUCAUUGUUCAGAGCAAAUUCUAAUUGACUGAUUGAUAUUACGAUCAGUCAGUGUUCUGUUGGCAAUAUACAUACUGCACGCUUGUAAUA